GCAGUGAGGCGGGUGGUAUAGUACAUUGAUACUCCGUCGUAAACUCGUAACUCCAUUCCAUUGUUGUGAUUUUGGGAGGUAAAUAAACAUUCCAUUGGCAGGCAACGCAGAGAGAAAGAGAGAGAUAAUGAGAAGCGUGGUGGCACAGAUACCCACCAGCUUUGGACAUGAGCUUAGAGCUUGCCUUCGCUGCAGACUUGUCAAAACCUAUGAUCAGUUUAGGGAAUCAGGAUGCGAAAAUUGUCCCUUCUUUGGCUUGGAUAAAGAUCAUGAGCGUGUUGUUGAGUGUACUACUCCUAAUUUCACUGGGAUAAUUUCUGUUAUGGAUCCAAGUCGGAGCUGGGCUGCUCGCUGGCUACGCAUUGGAAGAUUUGUUCCUGGAUGCUACACCCUUGCUGUAUCAGAGGCACUUCCUGAGGAAUUCCAGGCUAUUUGUGAGGAUGAGCGUGUUCAAUAUGUGCCUCCGAAGCAAAAGUCUUAGGUUAUAGGUUUGUGGAUAUGGCAAUGAUGACUGUUGUACACAAGCUAAUGCUAAGCUACAAAUUCAGUCAGUUAACUAUGUUUGGGAAGAUUAGUGUCAUAACCUUCUAAUUAAAAUGUCUACUUUUUAAUUGUACUUGUUUGAAUGUGGAACGUUCGAUGCCGUAGGUAAAUGUGUUGAAUUUUAUAAAGUUGGGGCUUUGAAAAACUUACUAUUGUUUAUAGGUUCAAGUCAAUAUGAUAUGCGAAUAUGGGAUUAAUCAAGCCUA